CAACUGGCCGGGGUAGAUUUGCGUUAUCACACACUUACUUAUUCUAAAAUUUCCAAAUUUCAAUCGUGACCCAAUUAUCCUGACAGUUACCUAAAUUAGUUAUUUGUCUUCUUAAACAGACCUAAACAAGUGAGUUUUGUUUGUCUAAUACUGGUACCCAUAACGUAUUACGUAAAGACGUAAAUACCAGAGACCUUGAACGCCAACUUGUUUUGAUACAGUCGUAGGCUUGACUCAAGGAUGUCUGCAGCUCGCUAUAGGUUACUUACCAUUCACAAAAUAUCACCGCUAAUAUGGACAAGCACCAGCAGCAGAUUUUAUCAAGGCUUGAACAAAGGAACACAGUCCAUCAAAAACAUCCAGCGAAGAUCUAUUUACUCAAGCUUUUGGCUAUGUAAGGCAGGAACAAAUAUUCCAACAGACCCACCCACUACGGGUAAAGGCAGAACAGGAAGCUCUUCAAAGGGAGCUGGAAAAGACAAUAAUUUCUGCUGUCCUAAAUGUGGAAACCCAUGCACCAAUGUUGAAACCUUUGUUUCCUCUACUCGUUUUGUAAAAUGUGAAAAAUGCCACCACUUCUUUGUGGUUCUCUCAGAAGUUGAUCAGAAAAAAUCUGUAAAAGAGUCACAAGAGUCGACAGAAAUCAAGAGCGGUCAGCUUAAGAAAGCUCCCCCACCUCCCAAAAAGAUAUAUGAGUACUUGAACCGCCAUGUAAUUGGUCAAGAGUGGGCAAAGAAAGUUCUAUCAGUUGCUGUUUAUAACCACUACAAACGAAUUUUCAACAAUUUACCAAACAGUCCAAAGAAAGGGACUGAGGAGCAGGAAGUUCCUGUAGCAAAUCAAGGUGGAAGAGGAAGAGCAACACCCCAAGCCUGGGCUGAUCUACUUCAAGUAACUGGAUUAGGUCAGUCCCAUGGCCUAGGUGCAUCAGGCACUACUUCCCAACAACAGACGUUAUCGCCAGCCGAUGAACCAAAAAGUUCCGCCUCCUCGUCUGGCAGUGACAUAUUGGAUACAAGCUCACAUGAACUACGUCUUGAUAAAAGUAACAUACUUAUGCUGGGACCCACCGGAUCAGGUAAAACCCUCCUGGCACAGACCAUCGCUCAAUGUUUAGACGUUCCAUUUGCAAUUUGUGAUUGCACAACUCUGACACAGGCUGGAUACGUUGGUGAAGACAUUGAAAGUGUGAUUGCAAAAUUGCUACAGGAUGCAAAUUACAAUGUUGACAAAGCCCAACAAGGCAUCGUUUUUCUUGAUGAAGUUGACAAAAUUGGCGCUGUUCCUGGAAUUCAUCAGCUGCGUGAUGUCGGAGGAGAAGGCGUGCAACAAGGAAUGUUAAAGAUGCUGGAGGGAACAAUUGUCAAUGUUCCUGAGCGGAACGCUCCACGGAAACUUCGCGGGGAAACUAUCCAAGUUGAUACGACUAAUAUCCUAUUUGUUGCUUCAGGCGCCUACACAGGACUAGACCGCAUUGUAUCACGUCGCAAAAAUGAAAAGUAUUUAGGAUUCGGCGCUAGCUCGUCUGGCAGUAGCGCCGGAAGACGAGCCGCCACACAGGCAGGAAUGGCUGAAGUGUCUUCCGAGGUAGCCGAUGAUGAAAGCGAGCGAGAUGCGUUUCUUCGUGCUGUCGAAGCAAGAGACUUAAUUGACUUCGGCAUGAUUCCGGAAUUUGUCGGCCGUUUCCCGGUUAUCGUACCUUUCCAUUCUCUAUCUCAAGAUACAUUGGUCAGAAUUCUUACAGAACCCAGAAAUGCGCUAGUCCCACAGUUUCAGAUGCUCUUUGGAAUGGACAAAGUUGAAUUGACGUUUUCGCCAGAAGCUCUCAGAGCCAUUUCUAAACAAGCAAUGGAGAAAAAGACCGGUGCCCGUGGGCUGAGGGCAAUUAUGGAAACUCUUUUACUCGACGCAAUGUUCGAGAUCCCUGGUUCCGAUAUUGUGUCAGUUCAUGUCACUGAAGACGCCGUAAAUGGCAGGAGUCAACCUCUGUUUAUCCAUUCAGCUGAAAGUGUCAGUAAUAGCAACGACGGUCAAGCAGCGGUGGAAGAUGAAGAAUUGGGACAAGCCCAAGCAGGACGUGGUUAGAAGAAACCACCCCCAUCAGUUGAUGUUUCUUUUUCCUUCCACCGGGGCUAUUUCUGGCGUAUAUAUACGGGGUUUCUAGACUACGUCCAAUUGUAAAAUUUUUUUAUGUAUCGAGCCUCUCUUGUUGCCUCAUUUUAUUAUAACCUCUUUUUGUUUAUGGGACUCGAAGCCUUCAAUAAAGUCGAUAUACUUCAUCAAA